GAUCCUUUGAUGGCUCCAAAUUCAGACAACGCCUUUACUUUGUUCUAUCUGAAGUUCAGAGCUGCUGCACCCAAAGUCAGGACACUUUUUGAACAAAUCGAGCAGCGAUCUGAGAAAAUGCCAGAAUACCGGCAACUAUUAAAUGAAAUCCACCACUGUUACCUUAAUCAGAGAGAACACUUGUUGGGGCCUAGUAUUACUAGCACUGUCACAGAAUUAACUAACCGAAACAACAGAGAUCAUUGUGCUCUGGUGCGAAGUGGCUGUGCCUUCAUGGUCCAUGUUUGCCAAGAUGAACAUCAGCUCUUUGACGAGUUCUUCGCAAAACCAACACCCAAAUUGGAUGAGCUGUUGGAAAAGCUGUGCGUGUCUUUAUAUGACGUCUUCAGGCCACUGAUCAUCCACGUCAUUCAUUUGGAAACUUUGUCUGAGCUCUGCGGGAUCCUUAAAAAUGAAAUGUUAGAAGACCACGUGCAAAACAAUGUGAAACACCUGGGCGCUUUUGCUGCUGGAGUGAAGCAGAUGUUGGAGGAUGUUCAAGAGCGUCUGGUUUACAGGACGCACAUCUACAUUCAGACGGAUAUUAUGGGCUAUAAGCCUGCCCCCGGGGACCUGGCCUAUCCUGCCAAGUUGGAGAUGAUGGAGCAAAUUGCCCAGAGCUUAAAAGAGGAAGAGAGGAAGUGGCCUGCAGAGGCUUCCUUGCCGGCUGCAAAGCAGGAAGAUCCAGACAGCUGCAGCGAGGUAAAACUUGAUACGCUGGAGCCUUGCAGUCCUAGAGCCCAUCACUCCGUGUCCCCUGCGGAUCUCCACGGGAUGUGGUACCCCACCGUCAGGAGGACCCUGGUCUGCCUCUCCAAGCUCUACAGGUGCAUUGAUGGAACCGUCUUCCAAGGGUUGUCUCAGGAGGCUCUGUCGGCCUGCGUUCAGUCCUUGUUGGUGGCUGCAGAUUCCAUUGCUAAAAGCAAGACUCAAAUCGACGGACAGCUUUUUCUAAUAAAGCACCUGCUGAUUCUUCGUGAGCAAAUUGCCCCCUUCCACACUGAAUUCACCAUUAAGGAAAUUUCGCUGGAUCUGAAGAGGACCAGAGAUGCUGCCUUUAAAAUCCUGAACCCCAUGACGGUCCCCCACUUCUUCAGACUAAAUAGCCACAAUGCCAUCAUCCAGUUCUUACUGGAGGGCACGCCGGAGAUAAGGGAGCAUUAUAUCGACUCGAAGAAGGACGUGGACCGGCACCUGAAGCUGGCUUGUGAGCAGUUCAUUCAGCAGCAGACGAAGCAGCUCGUUGAACCCCUGCAGGAAUUUCUGUCCAAGGUUUCAGCCUUGACUGCAGUGGCUUCUCAGAGGGGUCCCAAGUACAAUCUCUCGCAGCAGCCUUGGGCACAACCAGUGAAGAUAAAUGACUUGGUGUCAUCAACCUACAGGAGAAUAAAAACAAAGCUGCCAUCAACCUUACAGAGCAUGUCGCUUUAUUUGUCCAACAAGGACACCGAGUUCAUCCUCUUCAAGCCUGUCAGGAACAAUAUCCAGCAAGUGUUUCAAAAGCUGCACGCCGUCUUAAAAGAAGAAUUUAGUAAUGAAGAUCUCCAGAUUAUAGCUUGUCCAUCAAUGGAACAGGUCAACCUCCUUUUGUCAGUAACGAAGUAGAAACCUGGUAGCCAAACCGCACAACGCUGCUUCAUGCCAUCCAGAGUGGAACCACCUGCUUGCCCUUCGGAUGGCUUUUGCCUCUGUGCAUCCAACCUCUCAUCCCUCCAAGGAGGUGAAGAGCCACUGAGGCUGUUCUGCAAAUUCAGAAGCAUUCCUGAAGGUUCAUAAAAGGCGACUCUCUCUCUCCCUGGCAGCAGCUGCCCUGAGAGUAAUAUUGCCAGUAAUGAGCACUAUCACAUAGUCCAGUGUUUUUCAACCUUGGCAACCCCAGCAUUCGCUGGCUGGGGAAUUCUGGGAGUUGAAGUCCAGACAUCUUCAAGUUGCCAAGGUUGAAAAACACUGACAUAGUCCAUACAUGUCAACAAACCAUCAGACUUCGUAGGGUGUAAAAGUGGUCAUGGUGAAUUUACGGAAGAUGCCACAUCAUCAGAUGAUUGUAAAGGUAUAGCACUUAACGUAAUCUACUUUGAGACAUCGGUGGGUUUUUUCCGCUCCAAAAUCUUUAUAGUGACGAACGCUAACAUUGUUCUGUUUUUAUUCCUUGCAAAUAGAUUGCCUUGCCUUAAAAGUAUGUCUGCAGGUUAUGCAGAAAAUACAGUGCAGUGGUGAUAAAUUCCUGUUUAAUAGGUUAUGACUGAACUAAAAAUUAGUACGUGGAAAGAUUUGGAGAAUGGAGAAUGUCACU